CCAACUACCACUCUCCAUCCACAUCUUCUCACUCUCUAAACAUGGACGGUCUGAUCAAGGGCUUGAUCGAUGUUGCUCUCGGAGCUAUCGGCAACGACGACGACGGCGACCACCGCUCUGGAUCCCAAAACCCAGAUGAACGCUCCAGAUCCACUUGGUCCCAGGUGGUGUCAGGGGAGGAGGAUAAGGGUGAAGAAGAGAACAGCGGCCGUAGACAGGGCCAUCAUCGGAGUCAGUGGAACAGAGAGGAAGAGAAAUUGGGGCAGACUGAGGAGUGGGAGAUCGCUGGUUCCAGACCUUCCAGGCGCCCCCAAAAGGCUGUGCAUGAGGGGUAUGAAAAGGAUGAAUAUGGUGGGCAACAUGAUAAUAACAAAAAUUAUUGGAAGCAAAAGGAGGAGAAAGAAGAAAGCAAUGAUGGUUGGGAGACUGUUGGCAAAAAGCCUCCAAGGAGACCACAAAAGGUAAAGAUGGAUCAUUGGAAUAAGUACAAGCAGCCAGCUAGCGGACAAGAAUACUCUGAUGAGAUUGAACAUGGUAUUAACACAGAACCCUCAGAAGAGGAGCUUGAUGACAUUUCACAAGCUUGCAACAAGCUCUGGAAACUUGAUUUAAACCGUCUGGUACCUGGAAAGGACUAUCAAAUUGACUGUGGUGAAGGAAAGAAGGUUUACCAAAAGGAAGAUAUGGCAGAAGGAAGCCUAUUUUACUGGCUGAAUGAAGAUGUAUUCAGGAGGCCUACCUUUUCUCGUUUCUGUUCUCUUCUAGAUAAUUAUAACCCACAUGAAGGUUAUAAAGAAGUCAUCACAUCUGAAGAGAGCCAAGAGGAAGCUGCAUUUAUAGAAGAAAUCAGUAGGACUGCACCAAUCAAAUAUCUUUUCAAGUACCUCUCAGCAAAGGGUAUUGUGUCUGAGAACUAUCAAGAUUUUAAAAGGACAAUGACAAAUCUCUGGUUUGAUCUUUAUGGUCGUGGUGGUACUUCCAGUUGCUCAUCUGCUUUUGAACAUGUUUUUGUUGGAGAAAUCAAGAAUCGUGGGGAACAAGAAGUUUCUGGAUUCCAUAACUGGCUUCAGUUUUACCUAGAAGAAGCAAAAGGGAGGGUUGAUUACCAAGGUUACAUUUUUCCCAGAAGACGUGGGCAGACACCAGACUCUGAAACCCAGCUGCUUACAAUUCAGUUUGAAUGGAAUGGCGUUCUCAAAUCUGUCUCAAGCACUAUGGUUGGAGUGAGCCCAGAGUUUGAAAUUGCCCUCUACACCCUGUGCUUCUAUGUGGGUGGAGAGGACAACCAAGUUCAGUUGGGUCCAUAUCCAGUAAACAUCAAGUGCUAUCGCUUUGGAAACAAAAUUGGGUCUGUGUUUCCAAUAGCUGAGUGUUGAAUUCCAAUAACUGAAACUCUGCAGUUCUGAUUUAUGUAGUUGAAGGAAAUCAUAUCCAUAAUCUGUAUCAACAGUAAUAAUAUUUUAGAACAUUUGGGAGUGCCAAGGCAAAAGUACAUGAAACCUAAAAAAACUUAUCCAAUAAAUCAAAAACAUUUUAUUUGAUUUUA